CGUAUAUUAUAUAAUAAUAAUAUGUUUAUUAAUAACAUAAAAUUAUAUAUUAUAUACGUUCUCUGAAAUCAAUUUUUAACAACCGCUAAAAUCCCUCAAUAUUUUAGUAUAAAUAAGAUGGCUUUUGCACAUAUGUUUUUGACAAUUUGUUGCUUUGGCCAGAUGAUAUACGUUCUCUGCUUUGGCUUUGUUUACAGAACGCUGCUUGUUGCCAAUUUUUGCGUUUAUGUUUUUAUCUAAUUUGCUUUUGUCUCCUUUUUCCAGUGCACAGUGCCGUUUAUAUAUCAUAAAUUCUAAAUUCUUGGAUACAAUGAAUAUAUUAAACCGUAGCAACUGUUAAUUGUAUGUAAAUAAAAAAAAUAAUGACUUGGAGAAAAUAAAAACCAACAUGUUUCUUAAGCGAUAUAAAGUAACCCGAAGUUGCAAAAACUAAUGUACGUCAACAAAACAUACAACUACUUGUUAAACGACAGUAUUUGUUGGAAAUAGUAUAUCCAGCAGGACGAGGUAAUGAAUCCGUAGAACCGGAAUUACAACACCCACAUUUAAGUGGUAUAACACAGCAUCACAGCUAUAGUUUCUUUUAACCUAACAAACAAGUGAGCAAUUUCGCUAAUUUAGAUAUAUCGAUAACUUGAUUGCAAAUAAUUAACAACACCAAGUUAGACAAACUUUGACACAUAACUGUGGCGAUUAGCAGGUACUAAGGUCAAACGGUCAAUAACCCAACGCACUGCUGCGACGUUAAGUAAAGGGCAAUAAUUUAAUUAAUGGCGAAGGUAAUCACUACCGUAGCUUUGCUGUCUAUGCUCGGUGCGCCGUUACACUUUGUGUAUGGCGCAAAUGUGCUUGCUGUGCUGCCAAGCGUUUGGAAGUCGCAUUAUCUCUUUGGUAAACGCUUACUGCAACAAUUGGUGGAAAUACAGUCCAACUAUUCGGUUACAUUGAUAAGUCCACAUGCCGAAGAGUAUCCAGUGCAGCAGAAAAUACGCGAAAUACGCAUUGAUGGUUUACGAGAAAACUGGGAGGAGAUGGGUUUGCCCUUCGAUGUGGAGCAAUCACGGCAACGCUCAAUUCUGGAGCAUUUUACCCGAUUAAUGUAUGCCGGCGCGACUAAUGUUGAUUUGUUACUUGGCGAUGCAAAGGUGCGAAAAUUAGUACGCAGCGGAGAACAGUUCGAUUUGUUUGUGGUUGAUCUUUUUCUCAGCGAUUCGCUAUUAGGCUUAGCGCAUUACUAUCAAAUACCCACCGUUGUAAUAAGUCCCACUGGUGCAAAUACAUGGCUUAAUCAGAUGACCGGAAAUCCACAAAGCUCAGCACUCGAUCCCAGUAUUUUCUUGCCCUACUCGGAGCGCAUGGGUUUAUGGCAGCGUAGCGUAAAUACCCUAAUGGGUCUUUUUGAAAAGUUGACCUAUAACUUUUUUUACAUGAUCUCACAAGAAGCCGUUUACACGAAACACUUUCACGCAUUAUGCCAGCUUGCCAACACCACGUUACCACAUCACCGCGAUCUAACUAAAAACCUUAGCCUUGUUUUAAUAAACUCACAUCCUAUAGUGCAAUAUCCGCGCGCUUACUUGCCAAAUAUGCUGGAGAUUGCUGGCGCACACUUGCGUGGCGCACAAAAGCAAAUCGAACUGCCUACACAUAUUGCCUACUUUAUAGAAUCUGCAGCAAAAGGAACGGUUUACAUAAGUCUUGGAGCUGAUGCGCGAAUUGCAGAUAUAGCGCGUGAAAAACUGGACACUCUCUUGGACGUUAUUACAGAUCUGAAGGACUACAAUUUCCUAAUCAAAUGGGAAGAUCCAAAAUUUUAUACAUCACUACCGAAGAAUGCAAUGAUUGCCGAAUGGUGGCCACAGGAACCCAUUUUAACGCACACCAAUGUAAAAGUAUUCAUUAGCACCUGUGGCCUAAUGAGUAUUAUUGAAUCCAUAAAUGGCCUCACACCGAUGCUUGCCAUACCGAUCGUUCCCGAGCAGGAGGUGAGCGCUAGACGCUUACAGCAGCUGGGCAUCGGGCAAAUGAUCUCCUUCGAUGCAUUUACUUAUGAUGCACUCUCAUUGAAUAUACAAAAGCUGGCGACACAUCGCAACUAUGCUUUGCAAGUAGCUGAAAUGCGGCUCCUGCUGAACUCUACAUACGGCACCCCAAUCGCCAGGAGCAUACAUUAUAUUGAGCUAGUUUUAAAAAGCGCAGGUGGCGGCGAUUUUCUCAAAUCCCAUGCAAAUGAGUUGAACUUUAUGCGUUCUGAAUUAGUAGAUGUGCUGGCCAUAAUUGUUUUGGGCUUAUUUGUGAUUAUAGCAGUGCCAUUUUUAGUUACCUGUUGUAUACUACGAAGUUCGUACAUAAAUCAGACAGCGCUACAAGCUACGGCUGUCGGUGGGCAUCGUGCGACUUUGAAAGUGAUCGGACGCACAAAUUCGUCCAGUGGUGUGGCGGCAGUCAACGAUUCACCGAUUUUACACUGGCAUCGGCGCAGCAGUGCAGUGCAAGCUACUGGUGUUCUCAACCCACCAUCGUCACCAUCUGCUUCGUCUACCACGUCGAGCAUUUCAGCGGUAUCAACUGCCUCGUCAGCUGCAUCUUCGGUAGGUGGUUCGCCACAGGCACGAAACGAUGUGGGUGGCGGUGGUGAUGGCGUCACGAAGCGUGAAAAAUUCGCACGACUAGCGGCCAUGAAGACAUCGCAAAAAACCGAUUAAAACACGUGAUUUACAAUGCAAAAAGUUACUGCGUUCAUGGCCGCAUGCAUUCACACAGACUUAUAUUUAAGUGAGGAAAGUGCUCCGUGCGUUUUAUUAUAUUUAUUUCGCAUUAGUUGGUACUUAAGCAGUGUACACAUUCGUUAAAGGUCACAUAUGCUCGUUGUUGCUGUUAGUCAGAUUUUAACUAACGCUUUUUUUAUUAUACGUAUUAUUUGUAACGCUAAUUUUUAAGUGUUUUAUGUAUAAAGUUCGGUUUAUGUCAUUAUAUUACUAUUAUUUUAAUUUUUACCCUCGCUUUCAAUAUCACAAAUAUAUACAAUUCAAUCGAAAUGUUUAAUUAUGUACGUGCUCGUAUUUACUGUUGUUGCAUAUACAAUUAAUUUAAGAUAAUUAAAUACAUAUGUAUGUAUAUCUCCAAGUUCGCAAAGUUUGUGUUAAAUUACCCAAAAAAUAAUCGAUCAAAAAAAAUGAUCAUAAAUAAAUUUGAUGUUAAA